AACCCUUAGAACUAGCUUGCUCUGAUCUCAAGAAUGGCGGUGAAACCUUCAAGGAUGGAGAAGAAGAUCAAGUACGACCAGAAGUUGUGCGAUCUUCUUGAUAUGUACUCUCAGAUCUUGAUCCGUUCCAUCAAGAUGCAUGUUCAGAAGACCGGUAACAAUGAGUUCCUCAGUCUCGUGCCUCUUCUUGUGGGUAAUGUGGGAUUGAUCUUUACAAAGGGUGAUUUGAAGGAAGUAAGCGAUGAGGUUGCAAAGUAUAAGGUUGGAGCUCCUGCACGUGUUGGCCUGGUUGCUCCGAUUGACGUUGUUGUCCCACCCGGGAACACUGGACUGGAUCCUUCUCAGACUUCCUUUUUUCAGGUGCUUAACAUCCCAACGAAGAUUAACAAAGGCACAGUUGAAAUUGUCACUGCUGUGGAGCUUAUCAAGAAGGGUGACAAGGUGGGCUCUUCUGAAGCUGCCCUUCUUUCGAAGCUAGGGAUAAGGCCAUUCUCCUACGGUCUCAUAGUCGUCUCUGUCUAUGACAAUGGUUCUGUAUUCAAUCCUGAGGUGCUUGACCUCACAGAAGACGACCUUAUUGAGAAAUUUGCUGCUGGGGUGUGCAUGAUUACCUCUCUGUCAAUGGCUGCCGCAUACCCAACACUUGCUGCUGCACCUCACAUGUUCAUUAAUGACUACAAAAAUGUUCUGGCUGUUGCAAUGGCAACCGAGUAUUCCUUCCCAGAGGCUGAGCAAGUGAAGGAGUACUUAAAGGACCCAAGCAAAUUCGCAGUUGUUUUGGCUCCAGUCGAUGCUGUUGAUUCUGGGACUGCUGCAGCUCCUCCCGCCAAGGAGGAAGCAAAGAAGGAUGAGGAAGAGGAAUCUGAAGAAGAAGGCUUAUUUGGUUUGUUUGAUUGAGUUGUCCACGGACUGCUAGAUGGAGUAGGGUAGCAGACCGAACUUAUAUUUUGCUAUCAUGUUUGCUUAUGAC